AAAAAAAAAAAAAAAAAAAAGAAGAUGUCGUGGCAAUCGUACGUUGAUGACCACCUUAUGUGCGAUGUGGAAGGCAACCACCUCACCGCCGCCGCUAUUCUCGGUCAAGACGGCAGUGUCUGGGCUCAGAGCGCCAACUUCCCUCAGUUGAAGCCUGAAGAAAUCCAUGGAAUCACUGAGGAUUUCAAGGAGGCAGGGUUUCUUGCCCCAACCGGUCUAUUUCUUGGUGGAGCCAAGUACAUGGUUAUUCAAGGUGAACCAGGAGCUGUGAUCCGUGGCAAGAAGGGACCUGGAGGCGUUACUAUCAAGAAGACGAAUCAAGCCUGGGUCAUUGGCAUCUACGAGGAGCCCAUGACUGGAGGUCAAUGCAACUUGGUUGUUGAAAGGCUUGGGGAUUACCUCAUGGAGUCUGAUCUCUAAGUUUUCUGUUUCUUUAACUAAAAAAUGUACUUUUUCAUUGUGAUUGAAUCGUAAUGCUAUCAAACGCAAAUCAAAAUUUGAAAGCUUUGGAACCAAUAUCUUGUUGUUGGUCUUUGUUACCGGGUUUGUGUCUUUGUAAUGCCAUUUUGAUCAUCUUUUUAUCCUUUCAUAUGUAUUGUGUUUUUUCUUUGGAUUUUUUAUUUCUCAAUAGUUUUGUUUUUCUUAAGUUGAUCUGCGGUUGGUUUUACGUUCUGGGGUUCGAAACAUAUUUGUGUACAA